CCAGUGUGAGCGCCCAGAUUUACGCACCUCCACGGUCCUAUGAAAGGAUUUUGCAGAGAUUUAUUCUGAUUACAGACGGACAGCAAGACUUGCAGACUAAGCUGAACUCAUUGGGAUUGCAGGGAGAAUGAGGAGUCACCGGGGUCGGGGGAAGCAGCAUGAAUGGCCCGUGCACAUUCAUUAGACUGACGGCCCUCAUGUUUCUAUGGAAGUGGUUGACACUAAGCCUGCUCCAGAGCUGCUUGUCAGAGGUGGCCGGUGCCGCGGACUCCGCCGGGGCUGGCUUCAGCGGCUCUAAUGGACCCCUGAGCUGGCUCCUGUCGGAGAAGGGCCCUUUCCACAACUCACAGGAGUUUGUUGACUUCACGGAGCGCUACCAGCAAGGAUUCACUACCAAGUACAAGAUAUACAGGGAAUUUGGCCGAUGGAAGGUGAACAGCUUGGCCCUGGAGAGACAAGAAAACAAUGGCUUUUCCUUGCCGCUGGACCCAGAGUUCCUCCAGACCAUUAGGCAACUGGGCAGGAGGCCCAGUGUUAGCGCCAUCACUGACAACAUUAUCAGGAAAUACGGAACCCACUUCCUGCUUUCUGCGACGCUAGGAGGGGAAGAGUCGUUAAUGAUCUUUGUGGACAAGCGGAAGCUGAGUCGGACAUCUGAAGUAAGUGACUCCAAUGGCACAGCUGUGACGCUGGAAGCUCUGCACCAGCUGGCAGCCUCCUACUUCAUCGACAGGGAAAGCACCUUGCACAAGCUGCACCACAUCCAGAUUGCAUCUACUGCCAUUAAGGUGACCGAAACAAGGACGGGCCCUCUUGGAUGCAGUAACUAUGACAACCUCGACUCUGUCAGCUCUGUUUUGGUUCAGAGCCCUGAAAACAAGAUUCAUUUGCAAGGCCUCCAGGCCAUACUGCCCGAGUAUCUGAGGUCCAGGUUUGUGCAGGCUGCCCUCAGUUACAUUGGCUGUAAUGAGCAGGGCCAGUUUGUGUGCCGGGACAACGACUGCUGGUGCCAGUGUGCUGUUGAGUAUUCCCAGUGUAAUUGUCCUAAGGUGGAUCUAAGUGCCAUGGAAGCCAGUUUACUGCAAAUCAGAGAUUCCUGGAAUAUGGCCAACCAGGAUUUUGAGGCAUCAGAAGAGUUUCAGAAUUUCGUUCGAAGACUUCCCACAUUCUAUGCCCUGAACACAUCUGCCAUCCAGUAUUUUUGGAAGAUGGAGCCGUCCAUUCACCAGCGCUACAAACAGCUGGAGCUCAGCACUCAGCAGCUACUGAGCAAAGCGCGACGCAUUGUCAACAAGCUCUUCACCCUCAGCAAGAGGUGUCAAACCCAGCCAAAAAUUAUCAUGCUGCGGGAGAGGUGA